CACGUAGUUGUGUUUUGUAUUUAAAAAAAUUUGUUGGUGCCGCAUCGUAUUUCGGAUUACUACCCCACGUUGUGUCAGUGCAGUGCCGAAAUAAGUGCAAUCAAGGAAUAUAACACCUCUAGUGAUUUAGUGUAUUUCGCUCUUUUUGGAUUAAUUUCAAAAAACUCUCUAACGGCUGAACACUGGCACUGGCACGACGUACACAAUGACAAGGUCGCCUAAACACAGUGUAUUAGGAGUUUUGGCAGCUCUUCUCGUGUUCGGGGAAAUCCAUUGCGAUGCCCCAUUAUCAGACUCGGCAUCCCUGCCGCUCGAACACAGGGCCGUCUAUGGACCUCCUCUGUCCGGCCCUGGAUACGUUCCUGCUGGGCUACUCCAAGGAGGAGGAGGCGGUGGAGGAGGGGGAGGCUCGUCAGAUGACCCUUGGCCCCUCGCCACCCCUGACAUGCCCCAAAUAAAACAUCUGCAAGUGCAGUGCGAAAAAACCCACAUGCGCGUCAAUAUCGAAUUCGAUCGACCGUUCUAUGGAAUGAUUUUCUCGAAAGGGUUCUACAGCGACUCCCACUGUGUUCAUUUGAAGCCCGGCACCGGGCAUCUGAGUGCAACAUUCGAAAUAUUCCUGAACAGCUGUGGUAUGUCCUCGUCGGCUAAUCACAAUGCUGCUAGCUACGGAGGACCGACCCCAAGCGGAAGCUACGUAGAGAACACAAUCAUCAUCCAGUACGAUCCAUAUGUGCAAGAGGUGUGGGAUCAAGCCAGGAAGCUGAGGUGCACCUGGUACGACUUCUACGAAAAGGCCGUCACUUUCAGGCCGUUCCAGGUCGACAUGUUACACGCCGUUACAGCCAAUUUUCUCGGAGACAACUUGCAAUGCUGGAUGCAGAUUCAAGUUGGCAAAGGACCUUGGGCUUCCGAAGUGUCUGGGAUUGUCAAGAUCGGACAAACCAUGACCAUGGUACUGGCAAUCAAGGAUGACGAGAAUAAGUUCGAUAUGUUGGUGAGGAAUUGUGUAGCUCACGACGGAAAAAGGGCGCCAAUCCAACUCGUGGAUCAAUAUGGAUGCGUGGUCAGACCGAAAAUUAUGAGCAAAUUCCAGAAGAUCAAGAAUUUCGGGCCUUCUGCUUCGGUAGUGUCGUUUGCCUAUUUCCAAGCAUUCAAAUUCCCCGAUUCAAUGAACGUCCACUUCCAGUGUGUCAUCCAGGUAUGCAGAUAUAAUUGCCCUGAACCCAAGUGUGGCGGUCACGGGCUAGGUUUGACUAGCGAGUACGGAGUUCCUGCCCUAGGAAACGCUCUAGGCAGUGGAGACUUCGGAGGCCAUGGAAAUCUGAAUGCAGAAUACGGACCACCACCUUCCAGCGAAUACGGCCAUCCUCCCGCAUUCCCAGAUCCCAGACAUCCUUCCGGACCCACUGGAGCUUACUCAGAACAGAACGCUGACGUAGUACCACCUCCACAAGCCCAGUCUUCCUCUUCCACCUCUAACCCACCUAGCGUUUCAUCGCCAGCUCCACAAGCUUCAGCACAAACUGGUAACGAUAUCCAUUUACCUCCUCCACCACCACCAGGACAUCACGGGAUCUAUAACACUGUUAAGAGGAAGAGUAGCAUCGCCGACGAGUUUGAAGGCAAUCUGGCUACCCUGGGAGGAAGACCCAGGUCGGUUGAGAAUCUCCCAGCAGAAUUGCAAGGUGUCAGAAGGAGGAGAAACACUGACGAGGUGUUGUCAGUAGUCGUAAGUCACGUGUACAAACGUGAAGCUCAAGAAAUGACUGAUGUGAAUACUAGUCGAACCAUUCAAGUGGUUGCUCCAGGAGAUGUUAACUUCGCAUUGAACUCGGCCCAAAGCAACGAGACAGUUGUUAUACAAUCAGCGUCCUCUCAAGAUCCCGAGACCAUCUGUAUGUCCGUUCCUAGCUUCGUAGCAGGGCUGGUAAUGCUGCUUCUAGUUUUGAUCGUGGCCAGUUUGGUAGCAGCUUUCUUGUUCGUGAGAGUGCGUGCUAUAGACAGAAAAGGAAUCUCUCAGUCUUUCGUCAGUGCUCGAGGAUACGAUAACGCCGAAUUCGUCAAAGUGGCAAAUUGACAGUGGAAACUAUAUACUCUUGGUAGGUGCAUUCCAAAGGUUCCAAAGAUGUUCAGGUUUAGCGAGUGAUUGAAACGCGAGUGAUCUAUCGUAGUCGCCACGCGACGUUUUCUUCUUUGUGUCCUACCAUUUCCCUUGAUCCAGUCCUAGUCCUCUGUAGAACUCGCUUUCGUAUUUGCCAAUGCCCAAUCCAUUCAAUAUUCUGAUAGUUGCGAAGCUGGUUAUUGUCGUCUAACUUAAGAUUUUGAUAUCGUCACGCUCAUGUUCAUGAAGAUUUCCACCUAUAGGGAUGGAUCAAGACAAGAAUUCUUGAAUUUUCAGUUCAAGUUAAAUACUAUUAUAGAAUAAUGAGGAACUAUCAGAAUAUGAUUUCGAAUUCGGUUUCGAACCGGAUUGGCAUUGGCAGAUGUGCCACAGCUCUCUUCACAGCGCCAUCUCAUUAUUUAACUAUUAACUCAUCAUCUCAUUGUCGAUCAUUCGUGCCAGCAAAGGCACCAUUCCUGCCGUUGCUGGCAUGACCUAACGUUAUUUAUAAGUAAGUUAUUUUUUAUUAUUUAGUUAUUCAUUUUUAUGUACUCGAGAGUAUGAUUGUUGUGAAAAAAUAUCGAACCGAGUGAGUCAGUUUGAUCUGAUACGGAGUAAAUUCAUCCACUUCGCUCCAGAAUUUCAAGUUUCGGGAACAUCUCCUACGAAUCCUAGUCUCAUAGUUAGGGUGUAAUUCACAUGUGUAAAUAAAGGUAUUGAAAUACUCAGAUCACGAAAAUGAAGGAUGAAUGAAUGGUAGGAGUAACUACUCCGACGAACAUGUAUAUCUCUUGAAAUAUUAUAUUUAUGUCCUUCAGAUCUCUUGUUACAUCUGUUUUCUUACUUCACAGUAUUAGGUCUUAUUUAUUUAUUUGUACUAUACAUUGGAGGAUUUCUAAUAACAUUUUCAGUGGAUUAUUUAUGAAUCUUAAAUUCACAAUCUGGAAGAUUA